CCUCCUCGUCACUGUUCGUCGCCAUCCCCUCAGUAUCCUUUUCAUUACCUUUCCUCCCUCUCACCCUCCUCCUGUUACUGCAACUUAACAUAAACUUUCUUUUAAAUAGGGAUUUCGCGCCAUUAGCCAAAAAGAAACGGGAAUACCGUCAGUUAAUAUGAAUCUGCGGCCUUUGAAAAGUCCAUAUGAGAGCAGGAAUACCGCCAGUUAACGUAAUUCAGCUCAUAAUUUCAUUGCUAAUCCCUUCAUUCUGAACAUAAUGGUUUGAAAAAGUAUCGUAUUUUCGCUAGUAAUCAUGCGAUGUUCACGAAAUAAAAUUAUAGGAUAGAAAAUAAAAAUUAAUAAUCUAAUAAAUGAAUAAUUUGAAUACAGCAAAUAUAAAUAUCCAUACUUUUCCAUAUUUAAUAACCUGCGAUGUUCGUUGAAUAUAUUUGAAUAAAAAAAAUGGAUGGGUUGGCUAUGGAUGCUUUUUCAUAUUGUGAAAGGAACAGCAGUGAAAUCAAUGCGUUGAAGAAAUCUAAACUUAACCUAUUCAAACAUAACAUAACCCUCCGAUGAUAUGUUACCAAAGUAUUAUUCGAAUAUGGAAAUAAAAAAGAGGAAAUGAAUAGCUAAGAUAAAUUUUUGGCGGGAGAGUGACGAGGGGACUGGAGUUACGUGUUGUGCAUAUUCCUCGGUGUGUAUGUAGCACCGCGGACGGCACUACAGGACCCAUCACUGCAACACCUUUAUAUAGGAAGAAAUUCUAGCCAAGAUACUACAAUUUAGUGACAGUACAGAAACAGAAAAAGAAACAAGAGAGAGAAAUACUACUAUUACAUGAGAUCUCCAUUCUAUUCGCUCUUCAGUGUGGGAAAUAAAGAAAAAGGGAAAAAGAAGAACAUAAAAGAUUUUCCCUCAAGGUGAAGGAAAUUUGUGUUUUCCUCCUUUCCUUCCUUCACUUCUUUCUCUUUUUUCCUUCUUUCCUCACCUCCUUCCUUAUUUCCUUCAUUUCAACCUUCAAUUCAACCUCUUCUCUCCUUCCUUCCUGUUUUCUUUUCUUCCAUCUCCUCUCUCUCUCUCUCUCUCUCUCUCUCUCUCUCUCUCUCUCUCUCUCUCUCUCUCUCUCAGUUCUUCUUUCCUCUCCUUAUUAAAUCUAUAAUUUCCCUCCUUCCCUCCUUCUCUCCUUUCUUCAUCCUUCUUUUCCUCCAUUAUUUUCUUCUCCAUUAUUUUCUCUUCACUCUUUUCUUUCUUCUUCCUUCGUUUCUUUCACUGUUUUUUCCCUUUCCUUAUUUUCAUUCAUAUUUCUGUCUUUCUUCCCUUCUUCCUUCCUUUUAUCGUUCUUUCUCUCUUUCCUUCCUUCCUUCCUUCCUUCCUUCCUUCACCAUGACCUUCUCUCGCUCCAAACUGAAGAGGAGGGACACACUGGAGCAACAGGAAGAGGAAGAGGAAGAGGACGAAGAGGAGAGGAGGAGAAGGGAGGAAGAGGAAGAGAAGGCGAGGGAGCCCCAGGUGGAAAUACGACUGUCAUCCACCACAGCCCAACCAGAGGGGGAGGUGCUGUACGACUUUUCCACCGGGUACUUCCACCUGGUCCACCAUGGCGAUCCACUCAUCCACCUGUUCUCAGCGCCGUCAAGGAUCAUGCCGCGUGAAGAGUUCGAGUUGAUUUACCUGCAGAAGACUCAGGAGGAGGAGGAGGAAGAUGAGGAGGCCAUCGCGAGGCGGAAGAAGGAGGAAGAGGAGAAACAAAAACAAAAAUACCUGGAAUUACAGCGAGAAUUCAAAGCGAAGAAGAAGAAGAAGAAGAAGAAGAGCGCAGCCAAGAGUCAAGAGGCGGAGGAGCAGGAGGAGCAAGAGGAGGAGGAGGAGGAGCAGUAUGACAUCGCUAAGGACAUCGAGGACCUGUACGGCAACGUGAUGUCACCUGAACAGCUUGCCAAACUUGAUUCACAACCUAACCCUUUCAAUUUCAGCGACCGUGUGACUCAGACCUUCCGCGCCCCGAAGAAGGAGUUGAGCCAGCAGACUGACCAGCCCCCCAGCACGACUUUCGGCGCCACUGCAGGUCUUGCCACUCUUUGCGACGCCUAUGACAGAGACUACGAGCUGAAACAGGAGGCGGAGAGGAGGAAGAAGGAAAAGGAAGCGGAGGAGGCAGCGAAGGAGGAAGGAAAAGAGACCACCAAGACCCCCCUGGACCCCGUGGUGCUCCUGACGCCCCCCUCCCCGCCAGGUAAGGGGGGCUGGCACACCUGGCCCGCGCUUCCAAGAUCGUGGAAAGAACCGUACAACAGAAUGUAUAUGCAGAAGUGAUUUACGACUACAAGUACUGGGAGGACCAGAGUGAUGACUACCGCCAGCUGGAGGGGUCCCUGCUACCCUUGUGGAAGUUCACGGCGCCUGCUGUCCGUCGCCUGCUUGUAUCUGAGGUGUGCUGGAGCCCCGCCCAUCCUGACC